AUGGCCGAACCCAAAACCGCGCCUCGGGAAGAGGCGACGGAGGAGAGGACCGAGCCGUUUUCACAGUCUGAGCUCGACGCCCGCGUCCGGGCCGUCGACGUUGGCACGCCCAGCCCGGCCCCCGAGGACGAGCACGUCCCGCUCGACGUCCUCUUGCUCGAGGACCAUCACCACAGGCAAAAUAUCCGCCUCCUGGUCCGCCCGCUCGCCGACUUGCCCAGCACCAUUCCCGUUGCGCCCUCGAGCGAUAAUUGCUGCUGGCUCGCCCUCCGCGCCGAGGUUGCCUCCUCGGACCAGCCCUCGCACAAGGUCUUGGCCGUGACUCAGACCGCCCGCGACAUCAAGUUCUCCGUCCGGAUACCAGGCGAGCGCAAGGAUGCCGAUGCCGAUGACCGCACCCGCCCGUCGCUCUGGUGCGAGCUCUACUUUGAUCCCGCCAGCGACAAGCUCAUCCUCGUCAACCGUUCCGAAGUCCCCAUUACCCUCGUCCGCAUCUCGCAGACUGCCUCCGCCAGCCCAUCAUUGAACGAUUAUCGCCCCGUCAACCCCCGCGUCACCAAGUCGUUGGAACCUGGCACUUGGCGCAUCAAGGUUCGCGAAAUGGCUGUCUUGGAUUUCAGAAUCCUCGAGAAGCGCCCUGUCGUCCUCUACGAGCAGCCGUCUCUGAGUCACAGCCAAAGCACCUCUUCUUGGGGCAGCUCUGCACUAGUCUCCACUAGUGGCAAGAGAGCGCUAACGCCUGAUGAUGAAGAUGAUGAAGGUGACAAGCGCGUCAAGCGUCGGUUGUCUCAACUCCAGGGCGGUUCAUCGGACGGUGUUGUCAUGUUCCUCAACCCCUCUGCAGACCCCCUCGUCUUUUCGCUACCCAAUGGUGCCAAGAAGAUAGGCAAGGAGCUGUCGUCGGGCAACACCAAUGCUCUUCUUCAGGCCGAACAAGGUGAUACAGUCUACAUGACAGGCAUGUGUGAGCUUGAUGAGUACCAGCUCAUCAAGCAGGAGCCUAUUGCUUCCACCGCCCAGUCCGCUGUCUUUGUCGGCCGUCAUUCCAAGCAGCCUGACAAUAUUGUCACCGUCAAGGUGCUCAAAACUGUCGUGAGCGGUUCGCAUCAGCCCAAUGCACACGAACGCAACGUCAUCCGCCAGGCCGACAUGUGGCAACACGAAUACCAAACACAAGAAAACCUGGCGCAUCGUUCCAUCGUACGCUACUACGGUGGUGACGCCCGCUUUCUCUCACUAUAUAUGGAGCACGUCGACGCCAAGGAUCUGACUGUUCAAAACCGCUGGAGAAGCAAGCAAGACGAUCACUUUACCGGAUCCCGCGAUGAUGCCACCCGCAUUCUGCGAGAUAUUUCGGGUGCCCUGAGCUACAUUCACGGCCGCCAGCUAUGUCACAACGACAUUAAGCCCGCCAAUAUUCUGUACUCGAUGGAGCGCGGCGCCGUCUUGUGCGACUUUGGCAUGUCAACCGUUACCUCGAGCCCGCCCGGCGGUGGCGGCACACCAUACUACAUCCCUCCAGAGUUUAUCGGGCGCAAGUCUCGCGGGCCGCCGGCCGACGUUUGGGCCAUGGGCGUCACCAUGCUGUACCUGCUGCGCAAGCUCCCCCUGCCCGAGAGCCGCGCCCGGCCGCAGAGCGGGAACAAGCAGCUCUACUGGCUGAUUGCCGGAGUCAACCGGCCGGACGCGCCUCAGAAGUUUGGCAAUGGUCAGCCCGCCAUCCUGCAGAUGCGCACAUGGCUGACGGAGGUGCACGACGCCGCGCAAAGACUGGACAAGGACGACCGCUUGGAGCGCAUCGUCAAGGAGAUGCUGACGCCGAACCCCGCCCAGCGCAUCACCAUGACUUCUAUCCUGGAACAGCUCACUUCCGAGCCCAUUACUGCCACGACUUGA